AUGUCGGCCCUGGUGACCCACCGACCACCAUAUGACACCCCCGACCACCUCCGCUCCAAGCAGAACAGCCCCAUCACUCAUGGGAUGUAUGUCGAGUCGGAGGCGACCUUCAGCGACUCUGAGCUCUUCCCAGAUGAAGAGAGUUUAACACUGGGCCAUCAAGAUGUCCACCAUGAAUCGGACUUGGACAGUGCCAUCGAGAGCACGCCAAGCUCGGAGGUUUCUGAUGAAUACCGCAGUGAUGGGAAGGCAGAGGAUGUUCAUGGGCUCUACCUCCCUGAAGAGCGGAACCUCCUCAACCCUUCAGCCUUGUCAGAGUUCUCCAGCCAUUCUACGGCCUCUGUGAUCAGUGCCGAGGAACAGUUUGAGGACUAUGGAGAAGGAGAUGAUGUGGAUUAUGCCCCCAGCAGUCCAUGUCCUGAUGAUGAAAGUCGAACCAAUGCCUUAUCUGACCUAGGCUCCUCCGUCCCCUCCAGUGCCGGACAGACACCUCGUAAAAUGAGGCACAUGUACAACAGCGAGUUACUGGACAUGUACUGCACACAGUGCUGCAAGAAGAUCACCCUGCUGAACGACCUGGAGGCCCGGCUAAAGAACCUCAAAGCCAACAGCCCAAACAGAAAGAUCACCAGCACAGCCUUUGGGAGGCAGCUCUUCCACAACAGUAACCUGAGUAGCAGCAAUGGCAGCACAGAGGACCUCUUCCGUGACAGCAUUGACUCCUGUGACAAUGACAUCACCGAGAAGGUCAGUUACCUGGAGAAGAAGGUGACAGAGCUAGAGAAUGACAACCAGACAAAUGGAGACGUCAAGAGCAAAUUAAAACAUGAGAACACCCAGCUGGUGCAUAGGGUUCAUGAAUUGGAAGAGUUGCUGAAGGACCAGGAGACCAGGUCGGAGCAGAUUCUGGAUGAGGAGCUGAAGCGGCACAGGGAAACGUACUCCAGGCUGGAGAAGGAGAAGGGAACAGAGCUAGAGCUGCUGAAUGCCAGGAUUCAGGAGCUGGAGGAGGAGAAUGAAGAGUUACUAACUGCCAUCACCAGACUGAAGUCUCAUACAGAGAGGAUAGAUGAGGAGAGGCAGCGCAUGUCUGAUAAGCUGGAGGACACCAGCCUGCGGCUGAAAGAUGAGAUGGAUCUGUACAAGAAAAUGAUGGAUAAAUUGCGGCAAAACCGGCAGAACUUCCAGCGGGAACGUGAAGCUACGCAAGAGCUGAUUGAAGAUCUACGGAAGGAGCUGGAGCACCUACAGAUCUACCGCUUAGACUGCGAGCGGCACGGUCGGGGGCGGAGCUCAUCGGUGGGACUGUACGAAUAUACUGCCAAAACCCGCGAAUCCGAGCUCGAGCAGGAGAUCAGACGCCUCAAACUGGACAACCAGAAGCUCCGGGACCAGAACGAUGAUCUGAGCGGGCAGAUUCUCAGUCUCAGCCUAUAUGAAGCCAAGAAUCUCUUCUCCACUCAGACAAAGGCGCAGUCAGUGCACUGGCAGCCGAGAUUGACACCGCCUCGAAGGACGAGUUGAUGGAAGCUUUGAAGGAACAAGAGGAGAUCAACCUGCGUUUGCGGCAAUACAUGGACAAGAUUAUUCUUGCUAUCCUAGACCACAACCCCUCCAUCCUGGAGAUCAAACACUGA